UGAUUAGGCAGGCACUCUGUCACACACAUAAAAGCCCUGCAGAUAGGGGACAUACCUACAGUGAUUCUAAAGGCAGGCACAGGGACACAGGAUUUCAGCAGAAGCGCAUCGUCACAGUGACAGAGACUAGAAGAGCCUGGAAUAUCCCAGAUACCGGAACUCAGAACGUUAACCAACCUCAUCCACCACCACACAUUGGACUUUCUUGCCCAUUUUUGAAGGCUGUCCUCUAGCUGGUUAAUCUAUACCUCAGCAACUCAAGCUAUCCCAGACAUCAAUGAGUGUAAACAACUCUUCUGCCUACCGAUCGGAGCGCAGCUUUCACCAGACCUCUUCCUCGUCCUCCUCAUCCUCUUCCGCUAACCCCUACAUGGAGAAGGGCAGGGGGAUGUUCACCAACGACUUUGGCUCUUUCAUGCGGCCACACGAGGAUGACCUGGGUUUCUCCAGUCUGUCUGGGACUCCAGGAAACAUCAAAACGCUGGGAGACACGUACGAAUUCACAGUUGACGUCUGUGAUUUCUCCCCUGAGGACGUGAUUGUCACAACCUCCAACAACCAGAUUGAAGUCCGUGCCGAGAAGUUGGCAGCGGAUGGCACAGUGAUGAACACUUUCACCCACAAAUGCCAACUGCCGGAAGACGUGGACCCAACGUCUGUGACGUCGUCUUUAGGGCCGGACGGAGCUCUAACCAUCCGCGCACGCAGACGUCCCUCUAAACUGGAGCACGCACAGACCUUUCGCACAGAAAUCAAGAUCUGAUUCUCCUGAGUGUGUCCUUUAUGGAGCACUGAAGCACAACCCCCGAAAACAAACACACACACACACACACACACACACACACACACACACACACACACACACACACACACACACACACAAACACUGUCUACUUUCCAUCCUGACACUGGUGGAAAUGUUCCCAUCUUCACUCCCAUGUCCUUUAUUCACAAUGUCUCACAGUAUUCCCCUUUUACAUUUGUGCAUGGUGACACAUGCGUGUUAAGGCCUAUUUUCCCUUUCCGACGCUACUAGAACACAGCUCACAGCACGUGUCUCACUCUUGCUGCCAGUUCUCACAAAGGGCCUAGGCAGCUUAUUUUUCUCUCCCUUUCUCACAGACACGCACAGACACACACUGGUG